UGAUUGGCAGCGGCGGCCCCGCAGAGCGACGAUGGAGUCGGUGCGGGCGCAGCGGCUGCAGCCCGGCGUGGGCGGAACGCUGCGCUCCCUGCGGCCCGGGGUCACCGGGGCUCCCGCCGCCGCCGCCGCCGCCGCUCCGCCUCCUCCGGCCGCUCUGGGGCCGGGCCUGGGGCUGCCGCCGCCGCCGCCCCCGCUGGGCCUGCAGGGCCCCGCCGCCUCCGCCCCGCCCCCGCCCGGCUCGGGGCCGCCCGCGGUGCUGCGGGAGGCGGUGGAGGCGGUGGUGCGGAGCUUCGCCAAACACACGCAGGGCUACGGCCGAGUGAACGUGGUGGAGGCCCUGCAGGAGUUCUGGCAGAUGAAGCAGUCGCGUGGGGCCGACCUGAAGAACGGAGCCCUGGUGGUGUAUGAGAUGGUCCCAGCCAGCAGCCCGCCCUACGUCUGCUACGUCACACUGCCUGGAGGCAGCUGCUUCGGCAGCUUCCAGUUCUGUCCCACCAAGGCCGAAGCGCGGAGGAGCGCCGCUAAGAUCGCGCUGAUGAACUCCGUGUUUAACGAGCAUCCCUCACGGAGGAUCACGGACGAGUUCAUCGAGAAGAGCGUUUCGGAGGCCCUGGCAUCCUUUAACGGCAACCGGGAGGAGGCUGAUAACCCCAACACCGGCAUCGGCGCCUUCCGCUUCAUGCUGGAGUCCAACAAGGGGAAAUCCAUGCUGGAGUUCCAGGAGCUGAUGACGGUGUUCCAACUGCUGCACUGGAACGGCAGCCUGAAGGCCAUGCGGGAGCGGCAGUGCUCACGGCAGGAGGUCCUGGCUCAUUACUCCCACCGCGCUCUGGACGACGACAUCCGACAGCAGAUGGCCAUGGACUGGGUGAGCAGGGAGCAGAGCAGCCCGGGGGCCCUGUCCCGUGAGCUGGCUUCCACCGAGAGGGAGCUGGACGAGGCUCGCCUGGCGGGGAAGGAGCUGCGCUUCCACAAGGAGAGGAAGGACAUCCUGAUGCUGGCGGCCGGGCAGCUGGGCAGCAUGCACUCCUCGGGCUGCUGAGCUCCACGUCAGCCCUCCUCCCGCAGGGCUCUGCUGCUCUCACUCCUCUGCCGGGGGCCCUUUUGCACAAUUUAAACAUUUCUUGCCUUUUUUUUUUCUUUGUAAAGAGCCCAAACAGAUUUGUGAUGCCACUUUAAUCCUUGCUCCUCAACCUCCUGCUGCCUGCUGCAGAGCUCCUUCCCUCCCACCCCAUAGCAGUGCCGGCCCCACUGCAGUGCUGUGCUCCCUCACCCCAUAGCAGUGCCGGCCCCACCGCAGUGCUGUGCUCACCCCAUAGCAGUGCCGGCCCUACUGCAGUGCUGUGCUCACCCCAUAGCAGUGCCGGCCCCACUGCAGUGCUGUGCUCACCCCAUAGGAAUUCUGGACUCUUUUUGCCUUUAAGGGAUGCUGUUUGAGAUGCAGCCUGUUGACACCUCAGUAUCAGUGUUGCAGGGGAUGCAUCUCCUCCCCAGGGCUGCCGUGUGCCCACAGGUCUGAGCUCUGCAGGAGGCUGGGAUCCAUCCCAGCUCCCUCUGAGCACCGAAGGCCAGGAGCUGCAUCCCCCCACAGCGGCGGCACAGACCCAGAGGGGUUUUGGGCUGGGGGCUGGUGCUGCUGUGGGGCGGAGGUGCGUGGAGCUGCCUUACCUGUCAGCGUUGCAGUUGUGCAGCCCUGCCAGCCCUGGUUUUUGUAUCUCUUUUUAUAUACACAGCAGUGUGACAUUUUGGAGGAAUUUUUGGAUGCGUGCGGGAGCUGCGUGGCUUCUCCUCAGCACUGCAGGCCCCAAACCCAGCCCCCAUCCUUCGCUCUGCCACCACCCCACAGCUGAGCUCCUUCACCCCAUAUCCCCCCACAGGAGCUCCCACCGUUCCAUGGGAUGGGAAAGGGAAACGUUUGCACCACAGCUGCUGUCGUGUGGGGUCUGAGGGACAGCGGUGCUCCGGGAUGGCUGCAGUCACCCCAUAGCAGUGCCGGCCCCACUGCAGUGCUGUGCUCACCUCAUAGCAGUGCUGGCCCCACCGCAGUGCUGUGCUCACCCCAUAGCAGUGCCGGCCCCACUGCAGUGCUGUGCUCACCCCAUAGCAGUGCCGGCCCCACUGCAGUGCUGUGCUCACCCCAUAGCAGUGCUGACCCCACUGCAGUGCUGUGCUCACCCCAUAGCAGUGCCCGCACACAUCACUGCUCACACACCAACU